CUCCGGACUGAUGCAAGCAAGCAGACCCUGCAGACGGCCAGAGAUCCACCCAGGAAGGAAAAUGGAGUAGCGAGGGGACAUGCUGAACCAGAAGGCCCUGCAUCGCGGAUCUAGGACUUCACCAUGAGCGUUAUUGUUUCCCCGAUGGCCAGCGAGGCCACCUCACCUAUGAUCACCUCCGUCACCCCUACCCUGGAUCCCAGCUCCAAAGAGGACCAAGUUGAUCUAGGAGAGGGCAAAGAAGGAGACAGGGCAGCGUGGGAACGGGAUCCCACCCAGUGCCACCAGAAGCCCCCACCCCUGCAUACAGGUGCUGACUGGAAGGUGGUGCUCCACUUGCCAGAGAUCGAGAUGUGGCUGCGCGGGACGACAGAGCGGGUGCGGGAACUCACCCACUCUGUCCACCAGGACUCCCUCAACAAGCACGUUGAUGUACACCUAGUGCAGCUCAAGGACAUCUGCGAGGACAUCUCAGACCAUGUGGAGCAGAUCCACGCCCUGCUGGAGACAGAAUUCUCCCUCAAGCUGCUUUCCUACUCGGUGAACAUCAUUGUGGACAUCCGCUCGGUGCAGCUGCUGUGGCACCAGCUCCGCGUCUCCGUCCUCGUGCUCAAGGAACGUCUUCUGCAGGGUCUCCAGGACUCCAAUGGGAACUACACACGACAGACCAACAUCCUGCAGGCGUUCUCCCAGGACCACGACGAGGCUCGGCUGGGCACCCUCACUGAAGUAGACGAUUCAGGCCAACUGACCAUCAAAUGCAGCCAGGACUACUUCUCUCUGGACUGUGGCAUCACUGCAUUUGAGCUGAGUGACUACAGUCCUGGUGAGGAGCCAGAGGGCCACAGCCAGGGCCUCGAGGCCCAGCACCGCUACGAGGAGCUGGAGCCAAACUUCCCCGAGCUCAUCCAGAGUGUGGGUCUGCUAACAGUUGCAGCCAAGCACUUGUCCUCCCAACACAGUCAGGAGGCAACUGUAAAGGAGGAUCCCGGCAUUAUAGGGAUCCAAACGGUUCCUGAGCCAACCUCCAAAGACCACCCAGGCAAAAUACCCGUGGAGGAUUCUCCCUCCUCAUCUUCAUCGCACAACAAGACUCUCCAUCCUGAGAGUGCUUCUGCAAAAAGACCGAUCCAGCACUGCAUGAACUACAACAAGGUGUCCCCUACUCAGCUGUCUCCAGCUAAAAAGUGUAUGUAUCCCGAAGACUUGUCUUGGGACAACAAAGCAUCCCUACUCAAACAAGCCCCACAGAUCCCUUUGCUCCAGUUCCAGGUCAACAUGAGUCGUAGCACCCCGUCCCUCCUGGACCUUCCGGACCGAUCAAAGUUCUGGCUGGAUCUCACUUCCGUGUAUCCGAAUGCCGUCAGCCAGUCUUAUGAGAGCCUACAGGUCAUGAACGGCAGGGAUGAGCAGGCCAGUAGAGAGGUCCCCUCUCGCUCCUCCUUACAUAGGAGGUCUUCAGAGUCUGGCCAGGCCAAUGACCGCCUAGCCUUUCUCCCAUCCAGCUCCAGCCCCCAGGGAAGGUGCACGACUGAACCCAAACAGAAGGAUAACGGAUUGACGAUAAACUCUGUGAAUUCAGAAACUUGUGACGAUGUAUCCAAACCUGAACCAAAGCCACAGAGCCCUGACACUUCCUCCUGUGCCCUGGCCUCGCAGAUUGUUCCUGAUCAGAAUGCCCCACUGUCUCCUGGUGCCAGUCUGAACGAAGAGCAGUGGUUUGGCUCCGACGAAUACUUAGCAUUGCCCUCCCAGCUGAAAAAGACAGAGAUGCUGGCCAUGAAGCUUGAGUCCCUCGCCAAGGCCCUGCCCCAGAGGCCCGCAGAGGAGACCAUCCAGGAUGUGGACGACUGGGAACUCUCUGACUUGCACUCUGAAUGGGACAGUGAGCAGCCCCUGCAGACUGGCCGCAGGUGUGACAGAGCCUUCCCUCCCCGUUUCUCACCCACAUCAUCCAGCGAGAUCGCUCCCUCUCUUGACGAAAGCAUCGAGUCAGGCCCUAUCAGUGAGCUUUUGUCAGAGGACGAGGCGUACUGGAACGCUGGCGAGUCCCGCAGGACGGACAGACCUUCCUGGCUGAGUAGGAGCCCUGCGACCGAAGGUGAGGCCGGUCCACACAAGACUCUGAUCCAGCAGCUGUUGGAGGACAUCCAGCACCAGGAAAACGACAGAGAGAUAUGGAGAAAGAUUGAGAACUUUGUUAACAAGCUCGACAAGUUCAUCUGCUGGCUGCAAGAAGCCCUGGAGACCACUGAGAACUGGACACCCCCGAAAGCAGAGGCGGACAGCCUCAAACUGUACCUGGAGACGCACCUGAGCUUCAAGCUGAGCGUCGACAGCCACUGUUCCCUCAAAGAUGCCGUGCUGGACGAGGGGAGGCAGCUGCUGCAAGUCAUCAUCUCCCACAAAUCAGGCCUCAGGGACACGCUGCAGAUGAUCGAGCACCAGUGGCAGGAGCUGCAGCGACACGUCCGACGGCAACACAGCUGGAUCCUGUGCGCCCUGGACGCCAUCAAAGCCCAGAUCAUGACCGGCGAGGCGUGGCGUGUGGCGCCCAGCCCCAAGGGAGAGGUCCAGCAAAGCCACUGUGAGGCCCAGCAGGAUGUGCUGGACCAGAUGUACCUAAAGCUCAACAGUCAGCAAUACAGCACUGGCUCCAAAAGAAGGAAGGAGUUUGCCCAGAUGUCAAAGGUGAACACCAUUGGAAGCAACAGCCUUGUGGACUUUGAAUCCGAGUACCAGGAGCUGUGGGAUUGGCUGCUGGACAUGGAAUCCAUCGUGAUGGACAGCCACGAGCUCAUGAUGUCGGAGGAGCAGCGGCAGCACCUUAACAAGGGCAACAGCAUUGAAAUGGACACCUGGGCACCCAAGAAAAGCCAACUGCUGGCCCGAGCAGAGUCGCUGCGGCAGAGCGGCGCCGAGCUGCCGGCUGACUUCGAGGAGCGAGCGAGCGCGCUCGUACAGAAGUGGGAUCGGCUGCAGAGGACCCUGGGGGAGCUCGUGGGGGCCUCAAACCCCAGCAGCCCUAUCCAGGAGCCCCGGGGCCUGCUCUCCCCAGAGACCAGCAGCAUGCUGAGACAGCUGGAGAGCCGUAUCAAGGAGCUGAGGGGCUGGCUGCGUGACACGGAGCUCUUCAUCUUUAAUUCCUGUCUGCGGCAUGACCAUGAGCACGACCCACAAGCUGGCAAGGAGCUGCAGUACUUUAAGUCUCUAUGCUCAGAGGUGCGAGAGAGGCACAGGGGCAUGGCCUCUGUCCUGAGGCUGUGCCAGAAGCUGCUGGAGGAGCAGGAACGAGCCGGACCCGACUCGGAGCACCAGGCCCUGCAGCUGCUCACCGUGAACCUGGAACGUCGGUGGGAGGCCAUCGUCAUGCAGGCGCUGCAGUGGCAAACCCGCCUGCAGAAGGCCCUGGGGACAGAGCAGGUUCCUGGGAAUAUCAUUGAACCUGCAUUUAUGGACCUCCAUGCACCAGUUGAAGACUCCUGGGAAUGGGAUGAUAUGGACAUCAGUAAUGACCUGAUUAGUCUCAAUGCAAAGUUAUGUGAGCUUGAUAAAAAACAAUGCCAAAUGCCCAAGUUGACCUUGGAAUCCCCAGGAAAUAGUUCUCAGGUCUUAGAUCCAAAUCAAAGUCAUCCUCAAAGAGACAUUCAGUCCCAAGGUAUAAAUUUGGACUCUCAGGCCUCCCAUUCAAACAUCUAUCAAGUAUACAGUCUGCAUCACAUAGACCUGUACAACCGCCCUGAAGACACCUUCCGAAAUAAGACUAAUGUCACCGCAAAACACCUGCUGAUGAAGAGCUUAAGCAAAGACUCCUCAUUCUCUUCAGCUGAAUCUAUACCAGACCUUUUAGGAGGAAUCCUCUGCAAAAAACAAGAGCAAUGUAGUUUCUGUGGGGAUUCGGCCAGGCGAUCCGGGAGUGAGAGUGGCAUCAUGAGUGAAGGGGACACUGAGACCACAACCAACUCUGAGAUCUGUGUACUCAGUCAGGUAGAGGAUGCUGGAGGCAACCUCCCUAUGAUACCUGCCAGAAGUGGGUUCUCACCCAACAGUGGUCUAGUGUGUGAUGACGAUGAUGCCAACUGUAUUUUUGAUGAAGAGUGCAAAACAGCUUUUUUGAUUGGUCACCAAAAUUCUGAGCCAGCAAAGAAAAAGAGAGAUGAAUCUGUGGAAAGAAAUAGGAAGCACAGGAGAGACCUAAUGGAGAUCACUCCCAAUAGUGUGAAGCCUGACGCAGAAGAUCUUGACCCCAUUUCCUUCAGCGCAGCUCCACAUGAUGAGAAAGGGACUUCAGAUGGAAAAAGCAGAAAAGGAUUUGCUAGCAUAUCCCAGGGGUCCUCCCUUGACUCCCUCUUUGUAGCUGGAGAUUUAUUUCUGUCCAGCAAAGACACGCUCCAUCGCAGCACAUCCCUCGAGAGCUGGCUGGCCCCAUGUAAGAGCACAGAGGACACUGGAAGCCAGCAUAGCUUGGGGGAUCUGGGGCUGGCUCCAGAGUCCAUGGGGGAGCUGAGCAAGAGGACUCUAGAGCUUUUGAAGCGACUGGAGAACAUCAAGACCCCUUUAGCCCAGAAGAUGGCACGUAGUGUCUCUGACAUCACCCUUCAGAGCAGCUCUCUACAGCUUUCAGGGCCCAGGCAGCUGUCUCUAGGAGUGGCCUCGUCGAUGAAUGAGAGUUCAGCACCUUCACCGACUGAGCUGACCAGCGCCGAGGACACCUCUGUGGGUUCAGAAGACCUAACAGUGCAGAAGAAUUGCCUGGGGGUCUCAAAUGACUCUUUUCGCAAACACUGUCACGGUCAACCUCCACCUGAUGAGACCGAUGCCAGCAUCAGCAUGGUGGUGAAUGUUUCGUGCACCACAGCUUGCACAGAUGAUGAAGAUGACAGUGACCUUCUCUCGAGCUCCACUCUUACACUCACUGAAGAAGAACUUGGCAUCAAGGAUGAUGAAGACUCCAGUAUUCCUUCAGAUGAGGAGUAUAUUGAAGGCAGCUUUGCUCUGGGUUUGGAGUACAUGAAGAAUGAAAUUCAGAACUGGAUUAAGCCAAAGUUUCAAUCCAAGGAAAAAAGUGAACUGGACCUAGGAGAUGAGCUUCAGUGUGGUACCUUCACCCAAGAGAAAGAACCACCUGCACUGGCUGUAAACGAUCGUCGUCUUUUAAGCAGAUCACCGUUGAAGGUUGUGGAGUCCAACACUAAUGAAAAGAACUCUGUUCGGCAGAAGGACACUAAUACCCAGAAGAGAGAAGUUAGUAGAAGCUACAUGAGACAGCUUGUGGAUGACAUGGAGAAUGGCAAUGUGGACAACUCUCAGGUGAAGGGAAAGGAUGAAGAUGAUGAGUUUUUGAGAGAGGAGGGAAGCCUGUUUACGAAGACUGGCGAAUCCUUCAAGGAUUGUUAUAUUAGUUCAGUGAAUUCUGGUGAUGCGGUCAUGGAUAUCAAAAUCAACCUCACAGAUCUUCCUGCCUCACAAGGCAUAGAGUCUAAACUGGAGAGGCAGCUGAGCGGUGAGAUUCCCUGCUGCAGCUCCAGCCGACCUUCAGCAAGUAUGUCAUCCAUUGGUGACUGCACAGGUUCUCAACAGUGCAUGCAAGAAGUCAUGCAUGGAAACAACUGUCAUGAGCACCUCGCUUUCUAUCAAGCCCAUGCCACAGAUUCGCCAGGCUGUAGCCGCUCUUCCACCCCACCUGAGGAGGAAAAAAGUGAGGACGUGCACAACUUUGUAAUGGAAAUCAUUGACAUGGCCUCUGUAGCGCUCAAGAACAAGGACCAGGAAGUUCCAAGUCCCACCCCAGUAGCUCAGAUCCGAGACAAAGUGCUGGAGCACUCCCAUCGGCCCAUCCAGCUGCGCAAGGGCGACUUUUACGCCUACCUGUCCCUUUCUUCCCAUGACAGUGACUGUGGUGAAGUCAGCACUUGCAUAGAGGACAAAAGUAGCACCCCGCCUCCCCGUGACUUUAGGCACACCAUAGAAAUCAAAGACAAAGAGCCUCUAUUUAAGGCCUGCACUGAAGAGGUCUACCUGGGUCCCCCACUCUGUUACAGCAUGUGCAUGAGCCAGAAGCCGGGGAAAAAGCCGUUCAGUCCCAAUGACUGUUCCUCCCCCCGGAAUGAAAGAGACCAAAAACCUCCACCACCCUGCACUGAAUACCAAAAAGCACCUGGUAUUUCUCCAGGAAGUACAGCUGGGAGCCAGUUAGAGUGCCAUAAUGAGGCUGCUUAUCUUAAUCCUUUACCAUGUGAAACCCUGAUAGACACUGUUGAAUGUUUUGCAGAUACUAAAAUGCUUGAAUCCAAUAUUUCCCCUGUAAUGACUAAGAUAAGAGUCUCUUGCUCCAGUACAAAUCCUUUAAAAGAGGAUGGCAGCCUUUAUAUUAAUCCUAAAAUUAACUGUCCUCAGAUAAGAAAAUGUGAUAGAGAUGAAAAAGGCCCUGCUUCACAGCAGAUGAAACAGAAGAAUGUCAGAAAAGGAUGUAGUUCUCUCCAGGAAGCUCAGUCAACUCACAAACAGUCUGCCAAAAUUUUGGCAGAAGAUCGCAGGGGGCCCCAAAUCGGCACGUCCACCUCCAGCCGCUCCAUCACCUGUGCUUCCCGAAGCCGCCAAACUGUGCAGCAGAAUCCCGCUACCAGGCUUAAGUCCAAGAGAGUGGCCACAAGCCUGACACCUUCCGUCUCAAAGCUUCAGCAUUGAGUGGCCUCAGAGACUGCUGCCAUCCUGUCCCCUUAUGUCCCAGGGCUCUUCUGGUGUCCUCCUCGUGCUGGCCUGGUCCUCUGGUCGCUCUGCUCCUCGUCCUUGUGCUCCUCGCCCAAUUUGACCCUUUUAUCCCACAGCGAUGUGACGGCACAUUAACGCCCCCCUCCCCGCCCCUUCCCAUGCUGGACCCUGGAAUGGAGCUACCUCACUAAUCCACAGCCAGCUGGACCGCUCCCCAGCAGCACAGUCUCUCACCUAUACCCCCCUUACAGCGUGUGUGGUAGCGUGUGUCACUUGUUCCUCACUAUCUCCUCCGUAUGAGCAGUCGCAGGUGUUAAUGUCUAGGGCACUGCUUUUUUUUUUGUUUUGCACUGGGACAAAGCAAGAGUUGAAGGACUCCCGGACUUUUCUCAUGCAGGCUCCGAUUUCGAUGUCGCCCCGGGACAUCGUGGAGCCUCGUAGUCCCAAAUCUCCUCCGAAGGCAAAUCGAACACGUCUAUCUAUGCAACACGGCCCAAGUUGGAAACAGCUGUCUUGUGUUGUGUACUACAGGAUUUCUGGCUGUUGAUGUAACCAAGUAUUUCAUUUCUUUUUUUAUGUUUCUUAAGGCUGAAGAGGUUGAGGAUGUGUUUUAAACUUUAAAAAGUGUGCCUUGCUGUUAUUUCUUAGAUAUUUUGUUGAAACACUGCUUUUCCCACUAAAAAGUUCGAGGAAGUAAGGAAGAAGAAAUCAAAGUAGCAGGGCUGAGAUGUACGAACAGCAAAUGUAUAUAUGUAUAAGUGCAAACCUCGGUGUAUAAUGAUGGUAUAAAUGCUUCAUGUUAGUGUAAUCCAGUAUAUGUUCAGUAUUGUGGAAAUAUUAAGCCUUAAAGGAGAUAGACUGCAUGGUUAACAAUAUACAAAACAUUGACAAAUAAACUUGGUUUACUGAGCACCA